CCUGACGUUUUUUAUAGAAUUUUUCAUUGAAGGAAGAUAUUACCGUUGUAGAUAUAAAAAGAUGCCUAAUUUUUCACCCAGAUCAAUUUUAGAGGACCUCAAUAUGGACGACGAGUUCAUGGAGGUGUUUGAUAGAUAUAAAGAAAGAGAAUUGGAUCCAGCAGAAAUGGAUCUGAAGAUACAAGCAGAUAGGGUCAUUUAUGUGAUCAAUAGAUGUUUAGCAAAACUCUAUAUAUUGGCCCAUCUUCCGUUUCUACUGAAAAAUGAUGCCGAAUUGCUCCGGAAAUAUAUGAAACCUAUGGAAGUGCUGUUUGUGUUGGAACUUCUCAAUAGCUGGGGCACGAAUUUCAACACAAGUAGAUAUGAAAAGACGUUUGAAUAUUAUGAAUAUCUCAAAGAAAUUGAUCCGAAAAAUGGAAACUACAUACCAUUGAGCACUAAACAAUCAGAUACUACAUUGAGACCAUCAGCAGCGCCCAAAGACGCUUUCGAAGCGACUGAUCCAUAUAUUGCCAACAUGAUCGAUUUGCUAUUUUAUAACAAAUGCCUGCAACCUGUUAUCAAGACUGCUAAGAACCCCAGAGUGGAUAGAAAUAUCAUGAGUAUUAUCAAACAGUUCCAAGAAUUGAGAGAAAUUGCGAAGAAAACGCUUUACGUUACGGGAGAUGAAGAAGAAGCAUUAGAUAAAGAAUUGAGAAGGGCUUUCAAAUCGAACGAUUUAUUGACAGCAAUUAUUGAUGAUUUGAAGGAAGAGUUGGAAAAACAAAGAAAGGAACUUGGAGAUCAACUCAACGAGAAAGUGAAGAUUUUCGAAAUGUACCACGAGAAGAUGGAAAAUAUUAAAGAAGAUUUUCAGCAACAGUAUUCCAAUAUUCUACACGAAUCUGAGAAAAUAAUGAUGCAUAAGAGCAAUGAAAGCGAAAUCAGGCAAGCGGAGCUAGCAGAGGAUGCCAAAAAACUCAUCGCCCAGUACGAGACUCUUUUAGAUGAUCAUCUGAACCAAGAAAAAAUUUCGAGGUCUAAGAGAUUCAAGGCUGAAACACAGCUGCAGAAUUGGCUGACAAAAUUCGAUCAAGAUAUCGGGGAUAAGCAAGGGCAAUACGAAAAACUGAAACAAGAAUAUGAUGAGAAAAAAGCCGAGACUGAAAAAUUAGAAGAGCUCUUAGAGGAACAAGAAGACGAAUAUAUCAGUCUCAUGGAGGAGAAAAGAAUGGAAGAGGAAAGAAUUUAUAACGAAAUGGCUUAUCAUUUACUAAUAAAUCGCGCUGCUAGAAAAAUUCAGAGAUACUGGAGAGCAUAUCGAGAACGACGAGCUAAAAGGAAAGGCAAAAAAGGAAAAGGAGGAAAGAAGAGCGGAUUUGAAUUUAAAGCUCCCCGAAUAAUUGUCACUCGAACUAGUGAUCCAAAUGUUGCUCUUGGAACAGACAAAAAGAUCAAACAGCACGUUUUCGAAAGUUUGUCGAAUCCUAAUUUCGAAGUAUUCACGAAAAAGGAAUCUACACCAAUUUUCUAGAAUUCACCGAGUUCCCUAAAUUCCAAAUUAUAGCUCUGGAUAUUGAAGUAUUCGAAUAUUCAUUGUAUAAUAAUGGUAUAUCUUCCUUUUCAUCGUACCUUUAUAUAAAAAAUAUUG